AUUUAUGACUAUCAGAUGAAUGAAGGUCUGUUUGCGAAAUGCAAAUGAAACAGUGAUGUUAUCAGAGGGAUGUUUGAAUUUUAGUUCCUUGUGGGAGCAAGUGCUAGGGUCAUGUGCACAUUCAAGAGGCCAUUCCUCACUGACUUACAUGCUGAAACAAGAGUACACAUGCUGUGGAGGGCUAUCCGAGAUGGAUAUUAGUAUUUUGGAAGAGCAAUACAACUGCAGAAAACAACAACAGAAGCUACAAUCCCAUGUGAUUGUGUUCCGAACAGUUAACCCCAGGUCCAUCAGUGGAGAAGCACUGGUUAGUGCAGUCUUGGUUAAUGCAGAUGGAAGACAACCAACAGCAUAUCAAGAUCACAUAUUUGAUGAUGAUGAUGAUGGUUUCACCUUAGACAUGCUCUGUAAUACCAGUCUGCAGGACCAUAAUGCACCAUGGCUUAUUCACCUUGGAAUUAACCAUGAUAAAGAAUUACGCAAUGCUUACAGUGAAGAUGAAGUGACAGAUGCAGAUGAAGAAAUGACACUUGAAAAUGAAGGAUUAUCAUCUUCUCCAGGAAAUGAGUCACCAGCGAAUAAGCUACUCACCUGUGAAGUGCCAGUGACAAUGAAUGCAACACAUGAACACAAAGAUAUGGCUGCAUUACAUGAUGUGGCUAGAAGCAGUACAGACUUUCUGCUUAGUGUCCAGAUGGAGGCCUCUCCCAGCAAUGCAACUCCUGUGGUCUUCACAAAUCAGCAUGCUCCCAGAUUUCUAGCAGAAUCAUAUCCUCACUAUCCCUUCCCACAGAAAAAAACUCCAAGAAAAUCUGAAGUAGCCAAAAAACUUGGCCUGUAUUCAGAACAUUGAAAUCACUAUAGUAUACAUGGUAAAGAGAAAACAAAAUAAUAAUUUGUAUGUAUUGCCAUAAAGUAUGACAUUUUAGUUUUUUUUAAAUCAGCAUAAGAAAUGAUAAAGGAUUUCACUAUGAAACAAAGAGACUGUUUUAUGAAAAAAAGGUUAUAAAGUAGGUAUAAACAGAUUGUAUACACAAAGAAAGUGGAAAAAGUGCCAAAAGUAAACUGAUAACCAAAAAUAAGGCAUGGAAGGUUCACCAGAAUAAAAUCCAC